GGACUCGGAGUACUGUGUCCUAGUCACAAAGAGAGGCAGAGACGCAGAGGGGACUGUCGGCUGGUGCAGGCAGAACCAAAAGAUAUUUAAUCAGCAAUUAGAAACACCUGAGGGCAAGGGAAAUUCUGCUCCAGCCCUGAGCUUCAUCUCUCAACCUGCAGCAUUGUGAAAGGGAAUGGAUUGAGCAUAGAGAGAGGCGGCCUGUCUUGUCCGAUGCUGCACUGCCGGCUGCUUGGCAGAAUGUCCACAGAGGAGCGGCAUCUCACCUCUAGCUGCGGAUCCUUCAUUAAGACUGAGCCGUCCAGCCCAUCUUCUGGCAUUGAUGCCAUCAGCCAUCAUAGCCCCAGCGGCUCCUCUGACGCUAGUGGUGGCUACGGCAUCGCCAUGGGUGGCCACCCGAAUGGCCUGGACUCGCCACCCAUGUUCAACGGCACGGGGAUUGGUGGCGGAUCCUGCCGUAAGCGCUACGACGACUGUGCCAGCGCCAUCAUGGAGGACUCGCCCACCAAGUGCGAGUACAUGCUCAAUGCCAUCCCCAAGAGGCUGUGCCUGGUGUGCGGGGACAUUGCGUCUGGCUACCACUAUGGCGUGGCCUCCUGCGAGGCAUGCAAAGCCUUCUUCAAAAGAACAAUUCAAGGGAACAUUGAAUACAGCUGCCCAGCCACCAAUGAGUGUGAGAUCACGAAACGGAGGCGCAAGUCCUGUCAGGCCUGUCGCUUCAUGAAAUGCCUCAAAGUGGGGAUGCUGAAAGAAGGGGUUCGUCUUGAUCGAGUCCGCGGAGGACGCCAGAAGUACAAGAGAAGACUGGACUCUGAGAGCAGUACUUAUCUGAGCUUACAGAUCCCUCCUCCAGCCAAAAAGCCAUUGACUAAGAUCGUCUCCCACUUGCUGGUGGCAGAGCCAGAGAAGAUUUAUGCCAUGCCUGACCCCACCAUGCCGGAGAGUGACAUCAAAGCGCUGACAACCCUCUGUGACUUAGCAGACAGGGAACUGGUGGUGAUCAUUGGAUGGGCAAAGCACAUCCCAGGUUUCUCUAAUCUCUCCCUGGGGGACCAGAUGAGCCUCUUGCAGAGUGCCUGGAUGGAGAUCCUCAUCCUGGGCAUUGUGUACCGUUCACUGCCCUAUGAGGACAAGCUGGUCUACGCCGAGGACUACAUCAUGGAUGAGGAGCACUCGCGCCUGACGGGGCUGCUGGAGCUCUACCUGGCCAUCCUGCAGCUGGUGCGCCGGUACAAGAAGCUGAAGGUGGAGAAGGAGGAGUUUGUCACACUCAAGGCCCUGGCCCUUGCCAACUCAGAUUCCAUGCACAUAGAGGACGUGGAGGCGGUGCAGAAACUCCAGGACCUUCUCCAUGAAGCCCUGCAGGACUACGAGCUGAGUCAGCGCCACGAGGAGCCAAGGCGGGCGGGCAAGCUGCUGCUGACCUUGCCCCUCCUGCGGCAGACGGCCGCCAAAGCGGUGCAGCACUUCUACAGCAUCAAACUGCAGGGCAAGGUCCCCAUGCACAAACUCUUCCUAGAAAUGCUAGAGGCCAAGGUCUGACGGCCCUGGUGCCAGCCCACAGCGGCCGGGGAACAAACUAGAAACACAGACGCAGACACAGAGCAAUCCAAACAGCAGCAGGGGCCGGCUUUUAUCUCCAAUCAUUUAUUAUGGAAGAAUUAUGUAAUGUCCAGCUGUCGGCCUGCCUGCCUGCCUGCCUGCCUGUCUGCAGCAUCUCAUGUACAGAGGGGGAAACUCUUUUAAUCAGUCACCUGUUUCUCUGUUUUUGUUUUCGCUGUAGGAAGUCCCAGAGCGUGCUCGCGCUCAUGCACUUGCAGAAGGGGCUAGAGGGAAUGUGGGCCCCUGAGCAGUUACGCUCUCUGCCCUAGCCGGGGAAGCCUGUUCCCCAGCUCCCUCCUCCAACGCUGGAGAGGGAAGGUGGGGAUUGAAGCAGGACAUGAGGAAGCAAAGAGUCACUAGACUUCAUCUACUGGUGGUGUGAGGGGGGAGGCAGAGAGGGCAACUCCUGAUGUUUGUCAUCUCAUUCCAGCUCACAGGCCCAUGGGGCAGGUGCUUGUUUAGAGAAGAGCCUCAUGGGACCUUUUCACUCAAAAAUGGUUGCCUCCUGCACUCCUCUAGUGACACAUAACACAUGUACAUAGAGGCCCCGCUUCCUAUUGGGAACAAUGCUCCUGCCUAUGUAAAAUAAUCCGUGGUCUUGUACAGUGUGUCAUUACGCCUGGCUAUUCUAAUCCUGGGGCAAUCCCACAUUCCCACAGGCUAGUCAAGUGGGAGGUUCCAUGUUUCAGAGAAUGCAAGUCCCCACUCCCAGGAUGAGCCUGACAUUUUGCUCCAGUGCUGGAUUCCCAUGAUAGUCCCUGCAUCCUCACACAUGGUGCUAAUUAAAAUCCCCCCAUUUCCACCAUGCAGUGCAUCAAAUCUGCCUUGUAAACUCCGAAAAUAGUCCUUCCCCCACUCACAUGACACAAAUACCUGUCUGCAAUAACAGGGCCCAAAUGUAAAUACCCCCCUCUCCCACCCAGGGAUUGCCCAUCCAUUUUUGAGAGAAUGGAUGUUUGCCUCCAUAGCUGCUUGGACUUUACUUCACUCACUAGUUGGGAACAAAGGGAAUUGUCCUUUGGAGAAAACUAUGUACCGCAGGCCUGGGAAGCUGCUAGUUGGUGCCAACUGAAAACACAUUUAAAUGGAGUCAUUUAAUCCCCGACUCCCACGUACCAUGUCCCUUGCCUCCCUUCCACCCCCAAAAUAAUCAACAGUCCAUCUUGGACUGCUCUAUGGCCUUGUGAGGCCUCAUGGGGCUAGCUCCAAAAGAAAAUAUUUCUUUUCAAGAAACAUUCAUGGAGAACGUUUGUGCCUCGCACCUAGGGUUGUCCUACUCCCCACCUCUAACCAGGUUUCUAAAGUGGUUUUCUAGAGGGGAACUUGGGGGGCUGAAGAAAUUGGGGAAGAAGUUUUAGUGACUCUCUCUUCUAGGGCACUUGUUCAACGCCAGCCUGACACAGUAAUGGCUGAAAAUUAUCUUCUGGCACCAGAUUUGGGACAGUUAAUUUGUGCAUCCUAAAACUACCAGCACGACUGGCACUCAUUGAGCCCUUGCUGGCAGUCUCAGGAGAAGGGCUAUGACCUGACGGAGCGGUUCAUUCUGAGGCAAGGAUGAGGCACAUUAGCAAACAGUAUAGUGGAGCUUGAUCUCCAUGAGAGAAGCAGGCAUCAUUGUCCAGGGCUGUCAUUCAAACUACUUUUGCCAGUGCUACACUCACUCCCUUUCUGGAUCAACCACGUUAGAGAACAGACAGGACAACCCAAUGCAAGGCUGAGGUGGCAGAGCCAGCAGCCACUUGGGAGAUGUGCAUCCACUUCCUCAAGGCCAAGAAUGGACAGCAGCCUUGUGCUUCGAACAGACUCUGGUGUGGCUCACCAGCUUCUCUGGAAACAGAGACUUUGAUUGUAUAAAACAUCCACGUAAUGCUCUGUGACCUGAGACGGGAAACACGUGUUGUCGGCGUGUAGCCAGCUCUGAGUACAUGCUGCACCUUGGCAGCUGUUUCUGGCUGUGUAGCAUCAGGUAAUUUUACUCACAAGCUGGGAUGGGCUCUCCCCAGCACUGUGGCCAAUACCCUGGGUUCACUGCCUGUCAAUGCCACUUCCACCUGAAGCUCUGCAGGCAGCUGCACUGACCUCUGUUUUGAGCAAGCAUGGCCAUGCCUCUUCUGUGCAAAGCACCUGGUGCAGACCUGGCUGUGGAAGCCCUCAGAAGCGAUUAACAUCAAUGGCCUCAGCCACAGGGCCCUGGCGGGAGCCUUAUCUCUUUGUUGCAAAAGGGCUUUUCCUACACUACUCCUGGUGGGACAGUUUUUGAGUCACUAAGGGAACGUGAGCCCCUCAGGAGGGAGAAGAGAGGAAGGAGGGAGCUGCUGAAUCUAGGUCCCGUCCCCCCGAGGCUGCUGGCUAGUUCAGCCUGAAGAGUUUAGUGGUGUAAGUUUUGUAGUGAUAGGGAAGUGUAAAGCUUUUGAAGGUGCUUUCUGCAGUUACCGCCUCACCCUUCUCCCCUAACGUGCUACCAGUGGAGAUAAGCAGCGCCGAAAGCAGGCUGGAUGUACACACUCUGCCCUCAGAAGAGCUGCAGGACUCUUUCUCCAUUUUAUCUGCAUAACCCUUGUGCCCAUCAGGUCCCCUCACACCCAUAACUCCAAGAUGACAGACCUUGGACCAAGCCAUAUAAGUAUCUCAAUGGGCUGGAAAAACCAAUCAGUGUGUUAGUGAAUUGCUUUGCCUCUAAGCAAGGGCUGUGAUCUCCCCCUCCCCGGAAAUGCAAAGGGAACACAUGCCUGGAACAAACCCCCGCAACAGCUCCCCACCUUCUUUAACUAGGAAACAAGGCCACAGCUCUUUAGCACAUGAGGGUGUCAUAGGAAACCUACACCCAGGCUUACUCUAACCAGCCAAUAUAGCACUAUUACAGCAGUACGUAGACUAUGGGGAUGGAUGCCCAGAAGAGCAAUGGCAUUUGGGUUUAUGGGUGUGGCACACUCCAGGCCUCUCACACUUUGAGAGAGCCUAGGGGGGCUGCAGUGACUGCUUAGGCUAGUGUAUGCUCAGCAACAUCUCACACACAUGGUCAGCAAUGUAACAAGCUAGUCUUUAAAUAGGAAAGAGGUGCUAGGACAGAUUCCCUGGGAGCCAUGUAGGGAAUUCAUCCCUAGUGUAAGAGUCAUUGAUCCAGUCCUGUACUACUGUAACUUCACAUGGUGUAGGAGAUGCUGGAAUCCAAACUUUGGGAUGCACGUGGUUACUAAACACCUGCGAUUAGUUUAAAACAAGACACAGAGGUAAGUGCCUCAACAAGUGUGCAUAACCAUGAAGCUCAGUCCACCAUUCAUUUACACUAAUGGGCACUGCAUCACACAGCUCCCGCUCACUACGUACCACACACUGCAAAGCUUUGCAUAGGCAGAUAAACUAAAUAGCUGCCAGCUGCUACAGUCCUACUCAAGAGGGGACAGCGCCUCUUAGACAGUCACAUUCCUCUUGGAAAAAAGAGGUCUCUGGCCUCCGGUGCAAAACAAAUUGCACAGGGAUCAAUUCAGAUAAAUGGUGAAACACUGCAUGGAACUAUGUAUCUGGGCAAACACGGGCAUUACCUUACAGUGAAACUAAGAAGCUACAGAAGAAACACUGAACCACAACCUAGCAGUAUAGUUCAUGCCAAAUAGGGGGCAUGAUUCUCUCUCAUUAACCUGACUGCAUCAAUUUUUGAACUAUUACAAACAUAUUAUAAAAUCAUGCUGCACCAGAAAUAUGUAAGCAACUAUUAAAGGACACAUCACUGAGAAAGACCCUAAAAUGUAACUGGCUGAGCUGAGAAAGCGCUUCCACCAUGUAUCCACAAGCUACAACCAGACACAUGGUCAAAGUCCACCCCGUUUCUGUGGCUGCGUUAUAUGGGGAAGCGAGAGAGAGAGUGAGGCUGUGAGAAUGAUGCAGGGCGUUAUAGUCAGAGAGUGCAAUAAACAGUAUCUAUUUUACUCGACUAUUAUCUGCUCCUGAAAAACUGUUAAAUAAAUUGUAUUCUUAUGGUACAGGACAUUUCAACCAAAACAAGAAAUAAA